AUGGUUAAUCAAUUCAUUUACUUUUGGGCUCGCAAUAGGUACAUUGUGUCGGAUUGCGACUCAGUUGACGUUUUCUUUAGGCAACAACAUUAUACAAGAACACCAGAGGAGGCAGCUGCUGUUGCCAUUAAAGCAGGGUUGAACUUGGAUUGUGGGCCUUUCCUUGCUAUCUACACACAAAGAGCGAUAAAUGCUGGAAUACUAAGUGAGAAAGAUGUUAAUUCGGCGUUGGGCUAUUUACUGACUGUCCAGAUGCGCUUGGGUAUGUUCGAUAGUCCAGAAGGAAAAUACAAAGAUUUAGGCCCAAAGGAUGUGUGCACAAUACCCCAUCAACAGUUAGCUCUUGAAGCAGCGCAACAGGGCAUUGUUCUGCUGCAAAAUAGUCAAAACCUUUUACCACUAUCCACCAAUAACCAUCGAACAGUUGCUCUUAUUGGGCCCAACUCAAAUGCCACAGAAACCAUGAUAGGCAAUUAUGCCGGAAUUCCAUGUGGCUACAUUAGUCCCUUACAAGGCAUAUCAAGUUAUGUGAAGAAAAUUACUCAUGCAAUGGGAUGCAUAGAUGUGGCUUGCAACGAUAUUAAGAAUUUUGAAGAAGCUGAAAAAGCUGCUCGAAAAGCUCGUGCCACGAUCCUAGUUAUGGGCCUCAGCCAAGCCAUUGAACGUGAAGGCUUGGAUAGGGUUGAUCUAUUAUUGCCGGGCCACCAACAGGAACUUAUAUCAAGAGUGGCUAAUGCUUCUAAAAAACCCGUUAUACUUGUGCUCAUGUCAGGUGGCCCAGUUGAUAUCACAUUCGCCAAAAAUAACCCUAAAAUUGGCGCCAUUUUGUGGGUUGGGUAUCCGGGUCAGUCUGGUGGAAUGGCAAUUGCGGAUGUUAUAUAUGGAAAAUUUAAUCCAAAAUACCUUCUUCAUGUGCCAAUGACGAAUAUGAACAUGCAUGCUGAUCCACGCACAGGUUAUCCUGGCCGAACUUAUAGAUUUUACUAUGGCCCGACUGUAUAUUCAUUUGGAUAUGGACUAAGUUACAGUAGCUUCAAGCACACUAUAGCUCACAUCACAACAAAUAUUUUCAUCCCAUUGAAAAGUUGGAACGCUUCUAAGAGUAGCACCCUAUCGAGCAAAGGUAUUAGAGUUUCAAGAAUAAGUUGUGAGGGUUUAUCUUUGGAAGUGCAAGUUGAUGUAGAGAACCAAGGGAAAAUGGAUGGGCACGAAACAAUAAUGAUUUUUGCCUCCAGAAACGGCACGGAGAAGCAUUUGGUAGCAUUUGAGAAAGUUCGUGUCUCUAAAGGAGAAAAAAAGCGUGUUAGAUCAAAUAUCGACGUAUGCAAACAUCUGAGUUCCGUGGAUCAAUUUGGAAUUCGAAGAAUCUCAACGGGUCAACACCUUCUUCACAUUGGGGAAAAUCUAAAACAUGCCAUUAUGGUCCAAAAUGCAGUGGGCGGACUUGAGCCGUAA